AUGGCGACCGCCACCGCCAUGAUGCCGAACGGCUCUACUACCGCUCCUGGUUCCAAGAAGGCGUCAAAGAACGCGUAUCGUCGGGCAAAGAAGAAGGCACAGCGCGCUGAGACCCCAUCUGAGGCCGGCGACUCUGCGCGUGAGAGCGAAUCUCCUGCUCCCGACGACAAGACCAAUAACGAUGAACAGGCGGUCCGAUCCGCGGACCUUCUGAGCGCUGACGACUUCGCGAAUGCUUAUGACCUUGAUAACCCACUAUUUGAGCAGUACAAGAACGUGUUCGAAAAAUUCCGCGAGCCCACUGCCGAAGAGGCAGCAAAGGACGAAGACAAACCUGAGAUCUACUACGACGAUGAUGACAUUCCCGACGAAGACGAUGAUUCCGCGAAGAAGAUCUCGAAGAAGCAGCGGAAACAGAUGAACAAGAUGUCUGUGGCACAGCUCAAGGCGUCGGUUGCAAAGCCGGAGCUCGUGGAGUGGACCGAUCCGACCUCCUCAGAUCCUCGUCUGCUGAUUGCUAUCAAAGGCUACAAGAACGUCGUCCCUGUUCCGAACCAUUGGUCACUCAAGCGUGAGUACCUUUCAUCGAAGCGUGGUAUCGAGAAGCCACCGUUCGCGCUACCAAAGUUCAUUCAGGAAACCGGAAUCUCCGAGAUGCGAGAAGCAGUUCUCGAGAAACAAGCAGAGAUGACCUUGAAACAGAAGCAGCGGGAGCGCGUGCAGGGAAAACUUGGAAAGUUCGACAUGGACUAUGGCAAGCUCUACGACGCCUUCUUCCGAAGGCAGACCAAGCCUGAGAUGACGCGCUAUGGAGAAGUCUAUUACGAGGGCAAAGAGUUUGAGACCAACCUGGUUCACCUGAAGCCAGGUGUGCUGAGCGAGGAACUGAAGGAUGCGUUGGGCAUGGGCCCUGGUCAGCCUCCGCCAUGGCUAAUCAAUCAGCAGCGUUUCGGCACUCCUCCGUCAUAUCCGAGUCUGAAAAUCCCCGGCGUGAAUGCGCCCAUACCCCCUGGCGCUUCUUGGGGAUUCAACCCGGGUCAGUGGGGUAGACCACCCAUCGAUGACACUACGCAUCGCCCACAGUGGGGUGGUGAUCCUCUCGGUCAGGGUGUUUUGACGGAGCAAUCCGCUCCAACGCAGCAUGGCGAGCCUGUAGAGCGUAGUAUCUGGGGCGUCUUGCGCGCAGAAGGGGAGAGUGACGAAGAAGAGAGCGACGAAGAGGAGGACGAUGAGGAAGAGGAGGAAGAGGAAGGUCAGGAGGAUGCUUCUGGCAUUCAGACCUCGAUGACCUCUGCUUCUGCUGUUCCCUCAGAAAUCGGCGGAACAGAAACUAUUGGUGGUGAAUUUACGUUGCGCAAGCAGCGCAAGGGCAUCGAGACCGAAGAGCCUGGUGCGCCGCGUAGCGCCUUCCAGGUGCUCCCAGAGAAGAAUAUCCAGUCCACGGGUUUCUUCGGUGGUGAACAUGCCUAUGAUCUUGAUGCUGCUCGACGGGAUAAUUUUGGAGCGGGCGAGCGCAAGCGCAAAGCUGGUGAUGUCGAUAUCUCGGUCGAUGUGGAUGCUCUGGCGGACAGCGACAAGUUGGACAAGGAGGCUUUGAGGAAACAGUACGAGGCGCAGAGAAAAGCGGAGAUGCAGGGACAGUGGCAGAGUAUUGAUCAAGAUGAUCUCAGUGAGAUGAUUGCGGCAGAGUCCCGAAAGAGGCAGAAGAGAGAGGAGAAGGGUCACGAUGAUCGUCGCUCACGGCGGACGACAGGUUCUCGAACACCUACCGCCCUCGCUCGCCUGGUCCGCGAAUCGACAGCUACCGUGCCAACACCCGUGAUCGAAGCCCACCGCGUGGUGGUGUUAGUCGUGCCGAUACCUAUACACCAGGUGCUCGCUCAUCUCGUCCACGAAGCCGCUCUCCAGCAACCUUCCGCAGGCGAUCUAGGAGCCCUAGGCGGGACGACGACCGCUGGAGGGCCAGCAGGCCUCGAUCUCCACCACGCCGUACAUACUCUCCUCGAAGGGAUGACUAUCGUAAUGAUCGCGCAAGGUCGCCUCCUCGGCGGGAAUACGAUUCCUAUACGCGCUCACCUCGCCGCGAUCGGUCUCCACCGCCACGAGAACGGGACCCUUCACCAGCCAGAAGCCGUGCCGCUCGCUCGCCUCCUCGUGCAAGCCGGUACGACGAGCCUCGCUCUCGUGCACAGAGCCCUCCGCGCCGAUACUCGCCCGCUCGCGACAACAGAGACUACCGUCGUCGAUCGCCGUCCCCUCGACGAGAACGUGCCGACCCAUACACCGCAGACACCUGGAGACGCCGAUCGCCCUCUCCGGCUAGGAACACAUAUACAUCCAACGAUGCUUCGGGCAGGGAAUCUGCAGCUACCUCGCGUCGGUCGUCUCCUCCACCAGUCCACCCUAGCAGAGCUGGUCUGGUACCUGAUGAAAGGCCCGUGA